GUAUGCCUCUUGCUUGUUGGAUGCAUAUGGUUUACUUUAUAAAUUGCUUAAAGCAUUAAACAUAAAUGGAGAGAAGUUAUUGGAAAUAUAAUGGAGGUUGCAAAAGUGUAUAGAAAAGAAUGACUAUUGACUACUGCUUUCCAAUUGGCCGUUUUUGCACUAAUUGCUAUUUCAUCAAUCUUACUAAUUAAUGUGCCCGUUGUAUUUGUUUAGAGUUAUUUUGUUUGGGUGAAUAAUUUGCUUAGAGUUAUUAUUUGAAUCCUAAGAUAGAAGCAUCCAAUCAUGAAAACAUCGAAAACAAUAAAGUUUUUAUAACUGAUUGUAUUUUGUUCUGAUUGUAAUUGUUGCUUUAUUCUUGCCAUCACUACGCAAUUGCGUAUUAUUUUUUUAAUCUUAUUAUUUUAUUAAUCAUCUUUGUUGAAAUUAGCUGCUACUGCUUCUUCUUCUUUUUAUUAUUUUUUAUUUUUAUAAGUAAUGAUGAAAUGGGUAUCUGUUGUGGUGGAUGAUUGGUGUUUGUUGUAAUGCCUCUUAAAAAAAUUAUUUUCAGUUAUUUGACAAUUUGUGAUGACAAAGGUUUGAAUUAUGGAGAAAGCUAUAUCAAUGGUACUAUGAUGUAUGCAUAUUAUAUAUAUCUAUAUAUAUUGGCAAUAAAAGAAAAAAUGGUUUAUUAAGCUUUUAUGAGAUAACUGAUAGUGAGGGUCUUGGUUAGUAAUAACAGGGUAAAAUUUAUGUCCAGUGCUUUGACAUAGUGUGAGAUUGAAACAUAAAUUGUCCCAAUCUACUAGAUCAAAUCUAUAAUUUAAACAUUUUUUUUACUAAUAUAGUUUCAAUUGAUAUUCAUGUUUUUGUUUGCUUCUGUUGAUCAAUGAAAAAGAUCCAAGCAUAUGAAGCUAAUAUCAAGUUAUCCUCUGCCAACCUACCAUACUGCCACAGCUAUAGGGUAAUGUAAAAACAGAUGAUCAAUGCUUUCCUCAUUCAUCUUAAUGCAUAAUGCUAAUUGCGAAGAGAUCCAUUUGAAGAACAUGGUGCCUAAUUGAAGUAGCAAGCCUCUAACAAUGGAUGGCUGAUACUUUAACUGAGAUAAUGAAAAAUCAUUUCAACUUGUUAGUUGGAAGUUUAGACGGUUCUUGAAAAAAGAUAGUGAAAAAAAUAAAUAAAUAUCCCAAGAGUCAAGACAAAGAGAUAAACCAAAAUUUUCCCUCUCUUUGGCAUUUCUUCUUUUAGAUUGAUACAUCUGUCCACUUCAAUGUGUUAUACAAUGUUGAUUAGAUUUUUUAGAUUGUCUUUUUUAUUCUUGAAAUUUUAUAAUAGCAACGUGAUGAUAAUCAAACUUUACUAUUUUAAGUCUUGAAAUUUAUUCAAAUAAAAUCUUAUUAUAAAAAAAAAUGAUAGCAUUCCGCUGUCUAAAAAAUAUUCAGAAGUUACUGUAGUUCAUUAUUAUUUUUUUUAAAAAUGUUUGGCUUGUAUGAUAGGAGUGCGAGUUCAUUAUUUAUUUAUUUUUGAUGGUGUGUUGUUUAAGACAACUUCAUUGAAUGCACAAAUAGGAUGAAGCAAUACUAAUUCAAUCUGAUUGACUACAUAGUAUCAAAGGCAAACUCUUAUUAUUUUUCCAUUUUAGUUCCAUUUGAAUAUCAAUACUAAUUCCAUCCUUGAUCAUCAUGUUCAAAUCCUUUCAGGUUAUAUCCAUAUCUAUUUAUCCUAAAAUGAGCUACUUGAUUGAUAUCUUAGAAUUGAGUUUGUAUUUUGUAAUAUUGUUAAUAUAUAAUUGGACAAGAUUUUUUUCUCCUCGUUCAUGGAUUCACACAGCAAGCAUCAUGUGUUCAUGUAGUUCCCAUCUUUUCCAAAAAUAAUGGUGGUCUCAUUAUUUUUUGAAUGUAGUGGGUCCUACAUGUGCACAUGGUGUUUGAUUCUGUGCAUUGACUUGGUUCUGCUCUUAGGUUCAAUGCCUGUUUGUUACUGACUAUAUAGUAAGAUCAUUUUUUUUCCCCUGUGAAAUAUGGCAUAAAAUUGGAGUAAUGAAGCCAUACAAUUUGCAUACUGGCAUCAUACUUGUCAUUGAUCAUCCCUUUUUCUUGACAUAUAUGUUCUUAGGAUUAAUAUUUUUUUGCAUCUACAAGGAUAUGGCAAAAGGUCACAAUUAAAUAAAGAUCUUUAAGAAAAACAAAAUUGAGAAAAUAUUUCCUUGUUAAUUAAGUCGAGUUACUAGCUUUGAGUGUAGUGAGUACUUGCUGGGCUUAGCUUGAAUAAAGGUUGCCUUCCAUUUUGUUUGUGAUAGUAUUAACUCAUGCUUGGCAUCUUUGAUGCUUAACAUAUCAAAUAUCAUUUUUUUGCAAGUGGGGUUGUAUAUCUAGUCUGAGUGGGGUCGGUCGGCUCUCUAGUGCGUUCGGUGCUCUAGCAAGCCCAAGCACUCGGUGAAUGAGUCAAAAUAUGAAGAGUCUAAGGUAUAGACUGAGGCAAGCUCAUCUACUCAACCAUAGUCUGCUCAACAACAAGCACCGUGGCUUGGCACCCUCGAGUCCCAAUUCACCCAAAUGAGCCCUUGUUCGACCAUGGACCAUCAUACCUCCUUUCCAUAGGGUAUGCCAAGGAGCGACCAGGAGCAUCGCUCGACCAACAUGCAACUCCUUAAUUGAUCUUAGAGAUAGAGGGUCAUUGAUCCAAUACUUGACACAUUGAGAGAUAUCGUAGCUACCAUCUAUGUAACUACGUUAUGCCAUGAUACACCCUCCGAAGUAUGAUACCUAACUUUGUAGCACUCAUGAUAAAACCUCUAAGGCCUGAAUCAUGUGAAGAUAGGCCUGAUACCUCUACUCUGUCCAGCCAAGGAGAGCCAGGCACCUGUCCAUUAGUGAGCUUGUUGGUUACGAAAACUAUGCAGAAGAGUAUAAAUUUUAAAAUUCAGAUCUUAACUCGUGUUAAUAAUGUUCUAGAUGGUGAAUAGGUAGAAUUGUACCUUUGUAGCUCUUCUUGCAAGCCAAACUAUGAAAUAAUGAUAAAGAUAAAUUUUAGACUCUUCACCUAAUCUCAUAAGGAUAAGAGUUAUAUAUAAUUGUGCCUAUAGGUUUAGCAUCUUUCAUAUUAAACAUUUCAAGCAUCCAUUCAAUAUACUUCACUCGUGACAACCACAACUGCUUAGCUUUCCUGUCACAAAUUAUUUAUAUUCCUAAUAGUUUACGUGCAUCUCCUAACUCUUACAGGUCAAUUGUCUUGGAUAAUUCCUAUUUCAGCUUGUUAAUCAUCUUCACAUCAUGUCCCGCUAUUAAAUGCCAUCAACAUAGAGUAGAAGGAUUAUGAAGUUGAAUAAAAUUCAUAUUGAGAAAAUCACUUGAUAUGAUGACUAAAGUUGUCCCUAAAGAGAAGUUUUUGUUCUGCACAAAGUGGCUGCUCCAAUCUAAAGCCAUUGGUAUUGGACCAAGAUAUCGUGAAAAAGAUAUGGACAACAUGGCCCAGAUAUUCAGGCAUGAAGAAUUGCUAGAAACAUGGUAUACUCAGUUUUUUGAGAGGUAUAAAGCUACUAAACCAUAUAGGUUAUCAUUUGGGGAUCGGGAAACAGACAAGCGUACACCUGAGCUGAUGUCUACUUAUCUUAAAACCCUCAAGAAGCAUAAGAGAAGACGAGUAGCAUUUAAGGAAGAUGAAACUAAUGGUUUUGGCAAUCCCAUGUUAGAAAAUGGAUCAAACAUGCUCCGAAAUUCGGUUUUAAAUGACAAUGAUGCAAUUGUUGAUGAUACAUAUUUCUUCCCUGAAACGAUGUUUCCAUUUAAUUGUGUCCCUGAUAGUGCUCUUCCUCACAUAAACCGAGUGGAAGAAAACCACAAAGUGGAUUUUAAUGGUGUUCUUGAUAUGCUGCCCCAAAUUAUGACCAGGAGCCCUAUUAUGAUUGAGAGGCUUGGUAUUAGACCAGAAUACCUGAGCAUGGAACAAGGAGGGAAUCAAUGUCGUGGAAAAAAUGGAUCUCAUAGAAACAGGAAACUUCUCAGUCAAGAGCAAGCAUCAGAGAUGUCUAGAAAAGUGAUAGCUCGUGUGCUAACAAAUGUGGGGUUUGAAGCUUCUUCAAAAGUCCCAAUGGAAGUCUUGUCUCAGUUGCUGAGUUAUCAUAUUGGUAAGCUAGGCCGUAUCUUGAAAGUCCUUUCUGAUAGUUACAGAAAACAGUGCUCAGCCAUCGAACUACUCAAGAUGUUCCUUCAAAUAGCGGGGUAUAGGUUCCUUACAUCACUACUGCUUUGAUGGAUGCGAAGCUUGGCACGGAAGGGCGCAAGGAUCUUUUUGAUUGGCUAUCAAGGCAACUUAGUGGAUUAAGCAAUUUUCCUGAUGUUAUAAAUCUGAAUUAUGUAUUGUUUCAAUUUAUUAUGCUAGAUAGAUGUGACUUGUGAAUGAAAACUUAGAAUAGUUGUAUUGUGUCGAAUGUUAAUGAAUUAUGUAUUGUGUUGAAUGUUAAUGAUUCAGUUAAUUUGAAUGAUGUUUUAAAAUUA